UUAGGAGCUGGUUUCAUUUUGUCGGGUUUCCAUCGAGGGUCAUCUUAUCGAGGGUACUCUGCCUGCCGAACGAGAAAAGAAAACCACGGAAACGGAUGCUCAUUUUCCAACCACUUCUGGAUGGUUUUAUCCCAAACAAUAACGCAUGCAAAAGCCACAAUAGAAGCUCACGUCGUCGUCGGCCUCCCAUACAAGUUCCUCCCGGAUGUGAACAAUAUGUAUCCUGGGAGGAAUUUCAGGAAUCUAUGGAAAGAAGAAAGAGUCCAGGAGCAAAGCGUAGAGUUUCUUUUAAAUCAGCAAAGGUUCCCGCAUGGCGUUAGAAGUGAGUCCGGAGUGGAACUAAAUGGCCCGGUAAAAUGUUACAUCAGUUCUUCCUUCGGGUUGAGUGGAAGGGGUCGUGUUAUUCAUCCGACAUAUAUCCAGUUGAGAUGCAAACAGACAAUCUGCGGUUGCUAGCCGUGUGAGGAUGUUCAUUCCGUCAUUACUUACGGAUUUUUAAGCUUCUUACGAAAUUGAACAACCCUUCCACGUACCGAAAGAGUGGAUGCAGCAAGUGCUCGAAAGGAAGGUGAGAAAAUUGCUACUAAGAGGAUGCUACAUCCUCGAGAUCUGGGGUUGUACUUUGUGAAUGAGUUCUGAGAUCCAGGAAGAACCAUCCAGUAAGGAGGAAGCAUUUGAAGCUCUACAGCAGCAGAACCGGCUGUGGCAGAUAUGCACACUCUUUUGAUGCUUCCAUUAUCGUGCUCAUUCACACGUGUAGCUGGGUAAAAGCACAGACAAGCAGAAGGAGUAUGUUUGGAUCUCAAGGAGUUGGGGCUGUCUUUGAAACAUUUAGUUCUGUAUGCAGUAGCAGCUGUAGAACGGGCAAUUGUAAAGGAACCCUCAAGGAUGAGGAGGAAUACGGCGCUCAAAAGUACUAAAACACGGAAUAAAUGCUAUCGAGGCUAGAAUUUUAUAAGUAGUUGACAAUGAGAGCAAUACAGGGGAUAGGCAAAAUGAUUGAGAUAGGCAAAAUUUUGCCCAAAUUCAAAUGCUUAUAACUUUAUGAAA